UUGCCAUAACCAAAAGCGCAACAAAAACGACGAGAACAACAUUCGCCUGCCGGUUGUGGAAUCCUAUUUAUAUUAGCUAAUUUCUACCCGAAAACGUUUUUCAAACUAACCCAAAAACGCUCGUAAACACCUACACCAUGACUACCUUGAGGCCCUUCACCUGCGACGAUAUGUUCCGCUUCAACAAAGUGAAUCUGGACCCGUUGACCGAAACCUAUUGCCUUUCGUUCUACACGCAGUACCUCGCACAUUGGCCAGAAUACUUUCAGGUGGCUGAAUCCCCGACCGGAGAAAUUAUGGGCUACAUUAUGGGCAAAGCGGAAGGCCAAGGCGAAAGCUGGCACGGUCACGUAACGGCCCUGACGGUGUCGCCCGACUAUCGACGUCUCGGUUUGGCAGCUACCUUGAUGAGCUUCCUUGAGGACGUGAGUGAAAAGAAACGGUGCUAUUUUGUAGAUCUGUUUGUGCGCGUUAGUAAUAAGGUGGCGAUCGAUAUGUACACCAAACUAGGCUACAUCGUGUACCGGACAGUGCUCGAGUACUAUGUCGGCGAUCCGGACGAAGAUGCGUACGAUAUGCGAAAAGCGUGUUCGAGGGAUGUACAAAGAAAAUCGGUCAUACCGUUAGAGCAUCCGGUGCGUCCAGAAGAGGUGGACUGAUAAACCGUCUCGAGUGUGUAAAAUAAAACCCCCAAACGUGCACCCAGCUUUUCGUUAUCUUCCCGGUGCUUUAAAACGGAAAGCUGAAACGAA